UUUUUUUUUUCUUGCCAGUAAAAUCUUCACGACGGUUUGAGAAAAAAAAAACACUUCAUCAUCAGAGCCGUUUCUCUCUCUCUGGAACUCGAUUUAAGUAUUUGAGUCUUGCCAAAUGGAUUUGACGUGGUUAAGUGCCCUAAUUGUUGGAGCUGCACUUGGAUUCUGCAUUGGCACUCGCCGUUCCAAACCUGUUGUUGCUGCUGUUGAUGGGGAUAUCAAAAAUCAAUCCUCCAAGGGUCUUCUCGAAAUCGAGAAACUCGCUGAUAUCCUCGAUGAUUUCAAGAUGGUUUUGGUUGUGAGGAAUGAUCUUAAAAUGGGUAAAGGAAAGAUUGCAGCUCAAUGCAGUCAUGCAACUUUAGGAUUAUACAAAAAGCUUGUUCGUCGAGCGCCAAAAGCAUUGGACUGCUGGGAGGAAUGUGCACAGCCAAAAGUUGUUGUGAAAAUCGAGGACGAGGACGAGAUGCUAGAAUUGCAAGAAAGAGCUAAAUCCCUUAAACUGCCUACCCAUAUCACCAUCGAUGCUGGAAGAACGCAAAUUGCCCCAAAUUCAAGGACGGUUAUGGCUAUUCUUGGACCAGUCGAAGUUGUUGAUGAAGUAACAGGUGGACUAAAGCUUCUUUAGAAGCUUCGUAUUUCGAUAUGACAUCUCUUCAACCUGAUCUCUCAGAUAGACCAAGCAGAAGGGAGAGGCAUGAACUCCACCUUUUCUGGUUGCCCAGGGUUACCUGUGAGAAAUCUGUAGUUGUUACGUUCACUCGUUCCUGAUGAUGACGAAAUAUCCAUUUUUAAACAUUUUCCCCAUUUUUCAUGGACAUGUAGCAUUUGCCUCUCCAGGAUCAGAUUGAUUUGACCAAUGGUGAUAUCAUUUUUUUUGCUGGCUUUGUAUUAGAGGUAUCAAAAGCUCUAGCCUUUUUUGGCUCAUUGAGAAAAUGGCUUGCUCUAAUGCCAAUUCAUGGGAGUGUUGGCUAUAUGAACAUUUCAAAUGUAACAACAGAUCUUGUUUAUUGAAGAUAAACCCAUGGUA